AUGAAGAAGGAAGGACAGCAGAGUAAGGACGAGCAGGUAGACGAAAGUGUACUGAAAAAAUAUGACAUCGUGCGAAAAAUAGGAAAAGGAGCCUACGGAAUAGUAUACAAAGCCAAGUGUAAAAGGAACAGAAAAAUUGUGGCGGUGAAAAAAAUUUUCGGUGCGUUCCAAAACUCUACGGAUGCACAGAGGACAUUUAGAGAAAUUAUGUUCCUAUACCAACUGAAUGGACACGAUAAUAUCAUCACCCUGAUGGAUGUAAUAAAAGCAAAAAAUGACAACGACAUUUAUUUGGUUUUCGAUUACAUGGAGACGGACUUACACGAAGUUAUAAAAGCAGAUCUGUUGGAAGAAAUACACAAAAGGUAUAUUAUUUACCAGCUGUUGAGGGCACUAAAGUAUAUUCACUCAGGGAUGCUACUCCAUAGAGACAUAAAACCGUCUAACAUUUUACUAAAUUCUGAGUGCCAUAUAAAAGUUGGAGAUUUUGGUUUAGCGAGAAGCAUAUCUACAGAACUGAGUGAAAAUAAAAUUCCCGUUUUAACGGAUUACGUAGCUACCAGGUGGUAUAGAGCCCCGGAAAUUCUAUUAGGAAGUACCAACUACACGGAAGGGGUGGAUAUGUGGUCUCUUGGCUGCAUCAUGGCGGAGCUUCUACUUGGCAGACCGCUCUUCAGAGGCAACUCCACGAUGAACCAACUUGAAAAAAUCAUACAACUUAUUGGCAAGCCAACCAAAAAAGACAUGGAAGAUAUAAAGUCCCCCUUCACAGAUACUAUUAUUUCCUCCUUUGUGGAUAUUAAGAGAAAAAAUUUUUCAGACAUUUUUUCCAAAGCUUCCGUUGAAGCACUUGACCUGCUGAAACAACUCCUACAGUUCAAUCCUACCAAACGGAUCAGCGCAGAGAACGCUCUACGACACAAGUACGUGGAGCAGUUUCACUCAAUCAUCGAUGAACCCGUCUGCAGACACAUCAUUACCGUCCCCGUGGAUGACAGUACUAAGUACAGAGUCAGCUUCUACAGGAAUAUUGUCUACUACGAUAUUAUGCGCAGGAAGAAGUAUUACCCUGGGGGGCGCAGCUUUGAGGGGGAAGGAAAAAUGGCAGAUACGCCUUCCGGUAGGGGCAUCUCCAGUGUAGAAUCAAGGGGAAAUCCCCCUCAGGAAGACCAACAAGGGGAAAUGUUCCCCCCCACGGUGAGCACCAACAAGGGGAAGACACAACCAACCGCAUCUCCCCAAAUGGAGGACGGCACAACGAGGAUCACCUCGCACAACGGAAAAUGUGCCCCCAAAAGUAGGAGCACACAAAGUAUACACGACAGCAAAUCGGCCAACCGUCAACCUAAGAAGAGCAACAAAGGAGAGGGCCCUGUAGAGAGGCACAACGGGAAUGCAACUAAACACCCAAAUGAAAAACAUUACUAUGAGGUAGUUGGUGAGGGUAAAGCGGGUAAAAGAAUCGACCAUUAUGAGUAUAAAGAGAUGAGAGAUGUGCAAGUGGAGAGAACCAAGGCGUCUAACGGAGACGCGGCAGGGAAGCUUCACAAAUGGCCCAAUGAGAGAGGAAAAGCAGUCACCUCAACUGCUUCCGUCAGUGUAACCAAAAGGAACGAUCAUAAGGGAGGGAGUACGGGGGAGAGAAGGGUCGACGCCAAAACUGUGAACGUAAUCAAGGGAGAACACAUGGUCGGGCGUGUAGACAGACAGGCAGACAAAAUGGUGAGAAGCCACUUAAUAAGCGCGUCUGACGUGGAGGCAGUAAAACUGGAUCACCCCAGAAUGCAGCCCCUUCCACCUCAGAGAAAGGAAACGAUAAAGUGGAGGAAACGAAGGAGUGACGUAGGUGCAAUGGCCAGACGUGUUGACUUUUUCGGGGCCCACUGCCACGACGUCACAGCAACUACUGCAGAAAAGAAGAAUUUAAAAAAGUGA